CUGAUGUCCUGCAGCUCUUCUGGACAAACCCCACAUAGAGGGUCCAUCACAGAGAGGGCCCAUUGCCCACAGGCGCGCACAGAGCUCCCUUUCUUUAAGAAAAGGCAAAGGGGAAUUCCUUAUGUUGGAUGCAGCAGUGAUGAGAAGCCUUUUCAUCCGGCUUUUUUUCAGUCUCCACUGGCUGAGUUAAUUACAGGGCCCGGGGCUGCACUUUGAGCUCACUGCGCUCAUGCAGGCUCUUGAGAAAAAGCCGCGUGUCUGAUUCUCACGACACAGAUAGAAACCACACACAAAUACACGCAGAACGCGCGCACGCACGCACUCUCGCGCCUGUACGAGCAAGCGGAACCAGUCAUCCAGCUGCUCGGCGACAUUCCUGUCUGUCUGUCAACAACUUCAGCACACAGACACCAGCAGCAGCAGCGAACGACACCGUGGGCGACGUGAGCUGGUUUUAAGGCAUUUCCCCCGUCAGACCAGCGGGUCCUCUGCGAGGAUGUGGAACCUGCUUCGUCCUGACAGACCUCGCUCAAACUUUUGUUGCUAGACACAGCGCGGAGAGGAGGGGAGUUGGGCGCACGACCCGCCGCAGCCUGUGUGUCCGUCACCAGAGGCUAUGAUGGGCAGACUUUGAUUUGAUCCACUACGGCACAGAAACACCAUGGCUGUGGACGCGGCAUCCAGUUUCAGUUUCUGCAGGCCAGCUGUGGAGUACAGGGCUCUGCCUGAGGACUUCAAGCACCAGUUGAGUAGACGGACAGGUGGGAAUCUAACCUGGCAUGACGGGCGAGGACAGAAAACAGCGGGAGGCAGGACAGUGAAGCUGCUGCAGCAGCCGGGCACAGAGUCCCUGCAGUACCGUUCAAGCGACAGCUAUGGGAUAUAUCACACCAGCCCGACACAGCCCAGCCUGAUCCGCCCCGUCGUGCUCUGGUCACAACAAGAUGUUUGUAAAUGGCUGAAGAAACACUGUCCACACAACUACCUGACCUACGUGGAGGCGUUCUCCCACCACGCCAUCACAGGCCGUGCACUGCUGCGUCUCAAUGGGGAGAAGCUGGAGAGGAUGGGAUUAGUGCAAGAGACACUUCGACAGGAGCUGCUGCAACAGGUGCUGCAGCUUCAGGUGCAGGAGGAGGGACGCAACCUGCAGCUGCUCAGCAGAGGUGAGGGUUCCUUUGGAAAGGUGUCAUAGCCAGAUUGCUGAAAGAAGCCUGUGGACGCUGUGGAAUCAUGGAAUAUAUGAUAAAAAAAAACCUCAAAUAUGUGAAUCAGAUCUGUGGAAAAAAAAAAAGAAUUCCAAUGAAGAGUGAUAUCAUGAAUUGUGAUAUUAAACAAAAGUUGGCAGCUUUUCAUUCCCCAUCUGCACGAUGAACAGACACAAUCUUCAUGGACUGACUAUGAACUGUGAUGAAAAAGCACCAUGACAAUCUGUUUUGUCAUUUUCUUGCUCUGUUGUGUGAUCGAUUACAAUAACUAUUCCUCUGUUACUGCCUCUGCCUUGUUCUCUCUGUCUCUCUCUCUGAAACUUUUUUAAAUGUCAGAAAAAAAAGAACUGAGAAAUGAAUAAAAACAUCAUUGCCUUUA